AUGUCAACCGAGCCAGGAUCAAAAACGGACGAAGAAGCUAAAUCAGAACCAGGAGGUAGUACCUCUACUGCAGCAAUUUCUCGACGACGGAUCAUUUAUCGACCAUUUUCUAUAAAUUCGCAAACUUCAGCAACUACCGUUACAGCAACCAUAAGGGAUACUUUAAUAGCCGUUCGAGAUGCAGUCGCUGCUUCAAUCAUGGCUACUUCCUCACCCACUCUUCCUAAAAUAUCUACUAGUACCGCUAAUGCUAUCACUGACACAGCAACCAUCAAUACUCACUCCUCUAUUUCUAAUGUUUCGCAACAGCAUACUGUUUGUUUGGCCAAUCCAGAAACGAAUGCAGUCACACCUGUCAUUGGUACCAUUAACAAAGUACCCCGUCGAUGGGAACAGUGGAAUAGCUCGGAAAUCAACGCAUUUUUCGAGGGUAUCAAACUGUACGGAAAGGAUUUCGAACAAAUGGCAAAAUUGAUGGCACGAAGAAAGUUGAACAAGGACAAAGAUCAAGUUCGUAAUUACUAUUUCAAUUCGCUCAAACUGCUGAGAUCUUCAACACACAUUGAUGAAACUUUGAUGGCAGGUAUACCACGAGAUGUCAAGGAGUUGUUUAUUUUGAUUAAUGGAUUUGAGUGGAAAAGAAGAGUUUGUGGCAAGUUUGAUCAAGCCAAGUUUCAGCAGCUCGUCAUGGAAGGAUCAACGUAUGAGAAGAAAAGAAAAAAAAAGCAACUAGUGCUGGUACGUACACCACUCUGUCCUUCUCUGCAGAAAUUUUUUCCAAGCUGCAGCUCAUCACCAUUGCCAUCGCAUAUUUUUAUAUGUCUUACGCCGAAAACCGAAGCUGAUCGUUACUUUGUUGAGCAACGUGGACAAAAUCCCUUGAUUAGGAUCAGGGUCGCUAUUGGCGAUCAGCUUAAUCGCAUUUUCUCAUUUCUCAAAAUAAAAUGGAAUUUACGAGUGCAGAAAUUGCUUGGAACCAUAUCGAAAGAGGAAGAGCAAAUAAGGGUAGUGUUGUAUCCGGACAAGACAACCCGCGUGGGCAAGAUAAUUGUAAAUCUGUAUGAGGCUACGCCGACGAUAUUUUCUAUAAACAGGUUGAUAAGAGAACUUCAGCGAACAGGAACCAUUGAACAAAACAAUGAGCCCUCAAAACGUAGGGGUGCAAAUAUUGGCGAAGAAACAUCCGAAGAUAUAGAGAUGUCCAGCUCCACAGAGGAUGAUGAUGAUGGACCAUUUACAAUUAACGGAAACAAGUUGCGUAAUGGACUUACUGAAAAAAACGUUCUCAAAGCUACUGUUACUGAACUAUAUUAUUUGUGUGGCAAAGAGUCUGAAAUCAAGCUUGUUUACUCAACGGGAAUGAAGCGAAUGGGCGACCCCGAGCCAUGGCGUAUUUUUCUUCAUCUCCUAGAUCGUGGUUACGGUGACAGUCUUUGUAAGUCUCUUGCUGAUCCGCAAAGAAUAGCAGAGUCGGAUGAAUUUAUUGAACAAAAAUGGCAAGAAAGGAUUAGAAAAAGGUGCAAGCCAGCAAAUAACUGUACGGAACAAUCAUCUGGAUGUCUGACUACAUCGACUGAGGUGAUGGAAACAACUGAAGCUGCUGCACAUGAAAUGGUGGAAGCAGAGAAUAGUGCUUUCAUGCAACAGCUUGAAAGUUUAAGAGUGAAAAAACGUGCUCGCCCUUUUCAUCAGCGUUUUCCUGGCAAGAACAAUGGGAUCAUACAAGCGGUUGCGUUGAAUCCGCCAUCAGUUCAUCAACCUAUAGCAACUGCAGGUUAUCAGUUAGCUGAUCCUGUUUUUGGAUCUCAGAACGAACGAUCAAGUGAUCAGUUUGUUUUUUCUGCUAGUGAUGUAGCGGGAUCCAGCGCCGUUGCUGGUAAAAUAAGAUCCUGUAAUGGUACUGGUAGAAUGUGGUCUGAUGUGGGGAUUUCUGGUGGAUUUAAGUCGGAUGAUAAUUCAGAUGGAAUGAGGUCAGGAAGUGGUUACUUUCUGCAGGAAACUAAUGUUUCUUCGCAUCCAACACAAGUCCAUCGUGUGACGGAAACAAGAUACCAAUUGGUUAAUCCUGUAUUUGUGGCUCACAAAGUAGCAACAUCAACAUCAUCAGUGCAGUUUAUUCCUUCAUCUGGCGGUAACGUUAGUGGAAUUGGACAAAAUGUUAGUAAUUUCAUACAAGAGACCAGUGUUCCGAUGUGUCCUACACAAGAAAUGGCAACAGUACGAUAUCAGAUUGCUGGGUCUGUAUUCAUGUCCCAAAAUGCUCAGCCGACGUCAGGGCAAUUUGUGCUUCCUGUUUCUAAUACAGUUAAUUCCGAUAAUGAGCAUUUUAUUCGAGGCGACAACGUAGUUCAGAAGAUUCUGACACCAGCAGUAGAUACUAUGGAACCAAGUGGAGACUGUAGUGCCAGUGAUCGUAGCAACAUUCCUUCGUCACCAGUCAAGGAGAGCAGUCUUCUGAGAGAAUUGCAUAGUGCACCGUCAAUGGACAAGUCGAUAGAAGUGAUGCUACAGGAAAAUAGCACUGAAUGUUAUCGUUUUGUUGAGCAAUUUGCUUCAACUAUGAAUUCUCGAUCGAAUGUCGUUAGCAAUGCAAUUAAUGCGGAAAACGAAAUAACCCGCAUCGCACAACAGCUUGCCCAGUCUGCGGAUGAUGCACUAAGAUCUGUCGAUGGUAAUAAUGGUAGAAUGAGGUCCAGUGACAGUAAUGGUUCAGCAGUCUCUGUUGGUGGUACAAGUGUAACGAAGUGCGUUGACACUGAUACUGCCGAAAUUAGGUCCAGUGAUGAUAAAGAAGAAACUCAAUGA